GCUCGGAGUCAAGCAGGUCUUGCAUGAGCAAAGCAGGAAGCGACACUGGAUCGACUGGACUGAGAGCCUAAUGUUUUCAAAGUAUCGAUACUCCACGAGUAGGCUGUUUAUUUUGGGCGUUGAAGAAAACACGUGGGAGAAAUAUACAUAUAUAUUGAGGUGUCUGAGGGCAUGGAGCGGCGCUUUUAAACGGUCCAUUAUGGAGAUGACAAGCGAGGAGGCAGCCUGUCAGAUCCACGCAGUUUUCAUGGAGCCCGAGCCCGUGAGCCGUCUGAGGGCAAAGUACCACUCUCUGCGGAGACAGGUGUGCCUCAUCCAGUCCAUCAGUGUACUCUUCUGCUUCAGCUCCUGCGUGUUCACGCUCCUUUAUCACGCGUUCCCGCCGACUUGCAAGGAAAAUGGAACCAAGGAGACACCUACAUUUGGAAUGCAGUAUCAAGGUGCUGAAUCGCAUAGCAGAGAAAAAACAAUCCAGACACAAAGAAUCACAUCUUUCACUCGUUUGACAGUUCAAGACAAUGUCGACUUCACUGAAAAAGAAGGAUAUGUGCCGUGGAUGGAUACACCAGAGUAUCCGACACCAAACAAUAGCAGAUACUUCAUCCUGGAUGACGAUAAUGAAUCUCUGAAAGUCCUUCGCGAUGGAACAUACAAGGUUUCUCUUCAGAUUACGUACAAAAAAAAAUUCAGCGAAAACACAAGUGAAAUAUUUCUGCAACAUGAUAUUCGUCAUUGUACUGAGGCAUAUGAUGGACCCCUGACACUGCUCGUCCACUGGGAAACAGUCAACCUCAAAUACUGGACGAAAACUCUUUUCUCUGAGGGUAUUUUUUCUCUCAAAUCUGGGGACAGACUCAAGGUGUGGUCCAACAAUCGGAAACUCAUUGAUGUUAAAGGGCAAAUUUCGCAAAAAACAGCCUUUGUGGCAUAUCCUCAUUUUUCCACAUGAGGAUACGGUGAAUAUAGUAUUCACUUAAAAGGCCAUUUCUUCUAUAGCUUUGCAUAAAAAUCAAAAGGGCUGCAAUGAAGUA